AUGAAGACGCGCAUGGCCAUCGAUGACAUCAGCGCCAUGGUGGGCUCCAUCACCAAGAACGUCGUCAACAUGCGCGUGACCAACAUCUACGACUCGGAGGUCAACAAGACGUACAUCCUCAAGCUGGCGACGCCGGGCCUGCCCAAGGUCUUCCUCCUCCUGCAGUCGGGCGUCCGCUUCCACACGACCGCAUACGCGCGCGAGACGGCGAGCGCGCUUCCAUUGCAGUUUACCAUGAAGCUCCGCAAGCACCUCCGCGGCAAGCGUCUCGCGAGCGUCACGCAGUGCGCGUCGGACCGCGUCAUCGACUUUGCAUUUGGCGACGGCGACCAGCGCCACCACUUGAUCCUCGAGCUCUACGCGGCUGGCAACAUCAUCUUGACCGACCACAACUACUCGAUUCUGUCGCUGCUGCGGUCGCACACGUACGACGAGCAGGUCAAGGUCGCGGUCAAGCAAAUCUACCCGAUGGAGAACGCGAUGGUGGUUGGCAACAGCGCCGCCGCCGUCUUCACGUCGGGCAGCGACCUCCUUGCGUUCAUUCGGUCGUACGUGCAGGAGAUGGCGACGAAAGAGAAGAGCAAGAAGCAGUACACGCUCAAGCAGAUCCUAAUGAGCAAGGAGUCGGGCGUCGGCGGCUUUGGCCCGACGAUCGUCGAGCACUGCCUCGUCAAGGCCAACCUUGCGCCGAGCCUCAAGGUCAAGACCGCGGCCGCCAACGUCGUCGUGCCGUUGACGCCGGACCAAGCGAACGCGCUUGUCGCGAGCCUCGCCGCGGCCCCGACGCUUCUCGACGAGCUGGCGCAGAACCAGGUGACGCUGCACGGCGAAGGCAGCGACGCCUCGGACGUGAGCGAGCACGGCUUUAUCAUCCUGAGCCCGACGACCGGAGCCUUUGAUGAGUUUACGCCGUACCUCUACGCGCAGCACGAAGGUCGGUCGGUCCAGCGCUUCCGGACCUUUGACAUGGCGGUCGACGAGUUCUUCUCCAAGAUCGAGGCGCAAAUGGCCGAAGCCGAGAAGAAGCAAGCAGCGCUCGCGGCCGAGACCAAGGUCGACAAGCUCAAGAAGCACCAGCAAGACCAGAUGGAGGCGUUCCGCAAGACGCAAGAAGAGAGCGUCGUGCAGGCGCAGCUCAUCGAGCAGAAUCAGCUCGACAUUGAGAACGUCUUGCUUGUGCUCCGCAGCGCGCUCGCCAACGGCAUGGACUGGAAGGACCUCGAGGACCUCAUCAAGCAAGAGCAGAAGAACGGCAACCCGGUCGCAUCGCUCAUCCACAAGCUCGACCUCGGCCAGAACCGCGUCUCGGUGCUGCUUUGCGACACGGACGCCGACGACGCCGACAUGGAGAGCGCGGUCGCCUACUGCGUCCCGAUCGAUCUGAGUCUCUCGGCGCUCGCGAACGCGCGGGAGCUCUACUCGAAGAAGAAGAAGGCGGUCGUCAAGGCCCAAAAGGCGACCGAAGCGACGGACAAGGCGAUCGAGCAAGCCGUCAAGAAGCACGAGAAGAAGCAGCAAGCGCAGAAGCUCCAGCGCAAAACGCUCUACCAGCGCCGGAAGACCAUGUGGUUUGAAAGGUUCCACUGGUUCAUCACGCGCGAAAAGUACAUGGUGCUCGCGGGCAAGGACGCGCAGCAAAACGAGACGCUCGUCAAGAAAUACCUGCGCAAGGGCGACCUCUACGUCCACGCCGACCUCCACGGCGCCGCCACGUGCAUCAUUCGCAACCGCAGCGCCGAUGCAAACGACCCGAUCCCGAUCUCGACCAUCGAGCAAGCCGGCUGCAUGAGCGUCUGCCGCAGCAAUGCGUGGGCCAACCAGGUCGUCGCGGGUGCCUACUAUGUCCGCGCCGACCAAGUGUCCAAGACGGCCCCCACGGGCGAGUACCUCACGACCGGUAGCUUUAUGAUCCGCGGCAAGAAGAACUUUAUUCCGGCCUCGCGCCUCGAGAUGGGCCUCGCGAUCGUGUUUCGUAUCGACGAGAGCUCGGUCGCGCACCAUCUCGAGCUCGAAGCGCUCGAGAACGACGACCUGGACGCUCCCAAGCCGCGUGCGGUUGCGAUCGUGGACGAUGACAAGGCAGCGGCUGCUGAGACAAGCACUGUCGUGGCGCCCAAGCCCACGGCCAAGACCAAGCCCGCCAAGCCGCAGCCCGAGGUCCAGCUGGCACCGGUCGUCGCACCCGACGACGAGCCCAACAGCGAUGUCGAGAGCCUCGAUGCGAACGACGGCGACGACGGGCCGGGGAAGAAGCGACUGAGCGCCAAGGAGCGCCGCGACCUCAAAAAGGCGCGCAACAAGAAGGACAACGCGGAUGCUGCUGAGACCAACGUGGCGCCGCCGCCGGCUCCGACCGAGAAGAAGCCCAAGGGCGCAGCGCCGGCACCGCCCGUGCGCGGGAAGAAGGGCAAGCUCAAGAAGUUGAAAAAGUACGCCGACCAAGACGAGGACGAGCGACUCCUGCGCCUCGCUGCCCUCGGCCACGUCAAGGUCUCGGAGCUCACGACCGAGUCGGUCGAGGAGGACGACGAGGCGACAGAGAAGGACGAGGCGGAGAGUUUUGUGGACGUCACGCCGAGCGAAGCCGGCACGAAUGCGGUCGACGACGAGAAGGAGGCCAUCUACGCGCUCCAUCGCGAGCGCAAGGCGCAGCUGCAGGAGCAGGAAGAGGAGGAGGCGCAGAACGCUGCGUUCCUCGACUCGUUCACGGGCACGCCGCUGCCCAACGAUCUGCUCUUGUUUGCGAUGCCCGUCUGCGCCCCGUACUCGACCCUCGCGCUGUACACGUACAAGGUCAAGCUCACGCCCGGAGCGCAAAAGAAGGGCAAGGCCGUCCAGUUUGCGGUCGACCACUUUCUCAACCUCAAACCCAAAAUUUCGUCGGCGAUUUUGCCGAAAUCGACAGCGCCGGUGACCGAAGACGAAGGUGCCAAGGACGAGGUCGCGCCCGACGUGGACCCGGUCGAGGCGCAGAAGGAGCUCAUCAAAUGCGUGCCAGAAGCCGACCUCGUCAGCUGCAUGGUCGGGCCCGUCAAGGUCUCGGCGCCGGGCCUGAGCACUGCCAAGAAGGGCGGCAACAACAAGCCCAAGAAAGCUCACAAGAACAAGUCGACCUAA